AUGUCUGGACAAACUAAGCGCAGUGCUUCAGUUCAACUUCCAGUUCAGCAUAAAUCUGAUAUUGCUCGUUUUAAAUCAGCACCAGCUUGCUGCAGUCGAAGGUCCAAUUCUGAAGACAGCAAACAUUUUUUAACAACAACUAUAAGGAAGAAACAUUGGAAUCGGUUGAAAAAUAAAAAGCGAGAUGGGACACCAGAGAAGUCAACUACACCAUCCCAAGAUGUAUCAGAUGAAAACAGACCACCCUCUAUGAAUGUUAUAUGGAAUGAAGACAUUGAAAAAUUACAAAUCAAACAUGAAGAAAUACAAAAGCUUCAUGACCCUAGACCACCAUCAGAAAGAAAAAGUACACCCGUUAUUAAAAAUGUCAGCAUACGUAAAGUUAGACCUCCAUCAGAACCAGGCAAACCUCAACCUCUCAAUGUUACUGUAGCUAAACCAGCACCAGAAGAUGCACCAUUAAAACCUAUUAACUAUACUGGUUAUGCUGGACCUAGAUAUAAUUAUAAUGGAGAUGUACUAUCACACAGUAUUCUGGGUGGAUUUGAAGAGUUUCAUAAUGAGGCUGUCAAACGUGGAGAUUUUAUUAAUGUAGAAACACCAACACUUGAUUUAGAUCAAUCUGAUAAACCUACAGUUAAAUAUGAAAAGAAAAGACCCAGAUCUCAGAAAACACGAAGACAAGCUGAAGAGAAUAAUGCUUUAAUAAACUGGCAGAUGAAAAUGAUAGAAAGGAAAAAACAGCAGGGAUACAUUUCUAAAUUAUUACAAGUACCACCAGAAGAUUUAGUAAUGAAUCAAGGUGAUAAUUACCGUGUUUUACAAGAAAAACGAGACGUAAUUGAGAAAACUAUUCCAGCUAUAGACUACGGUAAAGGAUAUCGUGUUGGCAGUGAGUUUUGGAAUCAACAGAAAUUACUAGGAGACAAUAUUAAUGGUAUUCAUAUGAGUUUAAAAGAUACAGAAAAAGGAAUAGGACCACCAGUACAACAUAUUGGUAUUCCACAAUCUGUUCGUAAAGAAAAAGGAUGGACCUGGGCAGAAGAUCAUCAUACAGAAGUACAUUAUCCCUGGCAUAAAACACCAUACCUGUCAUCUCGGGUCAAACAACUACAACCUUAUAUGAAUGAACUUGACCCACACCAACCUGAAUUUGCUGGUUUAGAAAUCAUUGGAAGUAACAGACCUCUACAAACAACAGUUGAUGUUGAUUCUGAUACAGACUGGACAGAAAUACAAGCUGAAUCAGAAACAGAAGAUACCAUAGUUGAUCCAUUAAGUGAACAUCCAGAUGUACAUCCAGCACCUAUAUUUGGACCUUCCAUCCAGUUUGCUGGUCAACCCGCUCGUUGGACCGGAGAUAGUCAUAGUUUUAAGAAUGAAAUGGGUGUUGAAGCGAGGGUAACAUUUGAAUCCUAUACCAAUGAACGUAUAACCUCCUACCUAGAAAUUAUAAAUGAUGGUACAACUUCUAUAUAUUAUGAUUGGAAAAAACUAGAUAAUGAUAAUCCAUUUGAAUUAGUAAAAUCCUCUCAUAUUCAACGUUUUUAUUUCAACAAUAGUAGUGGUGUGGUAUUACCAGGUGAAACUAUGAAGUUUCCGUUUGUAUUCAAGUCACCUAAUGCAGGAGUUUUUAGUGAACAAUGGUUAUUUGAAACUAGACCUGUAGUUUGUGGUGGAGCUGCAUUGGUAGUAACAUUACGUGGUGUGGCUUUACAAGAAGACGUUUAUAAAAAACAUAGAGAAAUUAUUGAGCAAGAUCUACAAGAUAAACAGGCUUGUCAAGUUGUCAAAUAUUUAUUAUAUGAAUUAAUAGAUGGUAUUAGAACACCAGAACGAUGUCGUUCACCUAUUGAUGCUUAUAUUACAGAGGAAGACACUUUCACUAGACUUAAUCAUGGGGUGUGUUAUAAAUAUGAACAAGUUGAAGAAUUAAAGAGAAUAUAUAAACAGUUAUUUACAUUAGAAGAAAGAGAUACAGCAGACUGGGAUUUAUCACUAGAUACACUGAAAGAGAAAAUAUUAGAACUCUCUGAAGAUGAUGAAUUAAAGGAACCAAUGUUAAAUCAAGUUAGUCUAGCUGUAAAUAAAAUGUCUUUCAUACCAACUUUACCAGUUCGAGAAGAAAUGGAGAAACUGGCUUAUAAUCAUUUAUCAGAAGCUCUAGACAAUAUGUGUGGAUAUUCUAUAUAUUUACGUCAAACUAUUGGUCUCCCUGAUAAAGACUUUAAUGAUUCUUCAGAUACAAAAGAAACUGAAAUCCCUGCACCACUUCUUGAUCAACCAGUCAUAAAUAAGAAAAAAGGAAAAGUUCGAGCUGGUCGACUUGGGUCUGGAGAAACUGACCUACCAGUAGCUAGUGAUAAAAGAUCCAAAUCAGUAGAGAAACCCAAAGUUGAACCUAAACAGGACAAGAAAGUUACCCCAACUAAAGAAGUUAAAGGUACCAAGGGAGCAAAAGAGUUGCCUAAGCCUGUAGAAAGUAAGGGUAAAAUAACACCAGCACCUAAGAAAACACCGAGUCGUAUAGAUGCUAUAACACCCAUUGGUGAAAAUAGUUUAACACCAACACCUUCACCUACUCCAACAUUUGAUUCUGUAGUUGAUAAAAAAUAUAAAGAAAAACUAUAUAGCAUGACGUAUUUAAUAUUAGGAGAUCUGACCAGUAAAAUACAGAAUAUAUGUGAUGAUGUUAGAAGAGACAGAGUAUUAAGACUAUGAAAUAUUUCAUUAAUUUUUUUAACUUAAAAUGUAAAUCUGUGAUAUUUAACUGUGAUUUUUUUAUUAUUCUGUUCUUUAUAGUUUUCUAAAAUCAUGAUUUUGUAUUUUUCAAGAGUAUUUAAAUUUCUCGUUAAAUAUUUAUUGAGAAUUGAAUAUAAAAGUAACAAUUAUUAUUUCUAUUUUGUACAUCAAGAUGAUUUAUCAGGAAAAUUUCAUUAUAGUAUUGACUGUUG